GCCCCGGCCCCCCCGGGCCAUGCAGCCUCGGCCCCGCCGGCGCCCACCGCGUACCUGAGGAGAUGAGGCUCCGCAAUGGCGCCUUCCUGACGCUGCUGCUCUUCUGCCUGUGCGCCUUCUUCUCGCUCUCCUGGUACGCGGCGCUCAGAGGCCAGAAAGGUGAUGUGGUGGACGUCUACCAGCGGGAGUUCCUGGCCCUGCAUGACCGCUUGCAUGCAGCCGAGCAGGAGAGCCUCAAGCGCUCCAAGGAGCUCAACCUGGUGCUGGAUGAGAUCAAGAGGGCCAUGUCCGAGAGACAGGCGCUGCGAGAUGGAGAGCAUCGCACCUGGGGCCGCCUACCUGAGCAUCUGCGCCUGAAGCCGUGGAACGUCUCGCACAAGCACGUGCUGCACCUUCCCACUGUCUUCCACCACCUGCCACACCUGCUGGCCAAGGAAAGCAGCCUGCAGCUGGCCGUGCGCGUGGGCCAGGGCCGCACCGGAGUGUCGGUGGUGAUGGGCAUCCCCAGCGUGCGGCGUGAGGUGCACUCCUACCUGACUGACACGCUGCACUCACUCAUCUUGGAGCUGAGCCCGCAGGAGAAGGAGGACUCGGUCAUCGUGGUGCUGAUUGCAGAGACUGACCCACAGUAUACCUCGCUGGUGACAGAGAAUAUCAAGGCCUUGUUCCCUACGGAGAUCCAUUCUGGGCUCCUGGAAGUCAUCUCCCCUUCCCCCCACUUCUACCCUGACUUCUCCCGCCUCCGAGAGUCCUUUGGGGACCCCAAGGAGAGAGUCAGGUGGAGGACCAAAUAGAACCUUGAUUACUGCUUCCUCAUGAUGUAUGCACAGUCCAAAGGCAUCUACUACGUGCAGCUGGAAGAUGACAUCAUAGCCAAGCCCAACUACCUGAGCACCAUGAAGAACUUUGCACUCCAGCAGCCCUCGGAAGACUGGAUGAUCCUGGAGUUCUCCCAGCUGGGUUUCAUUGGGAAGAUGUUCAAGUCGCUGGACCUGAGCGUCAUUGUGGAGUUCAUCCUUAUGUUCUACCGGGACAAGCCCAUUGACUGGCUCCUGGACCACAUUCUUUGGGUGAAGGUCUGCAACCCUGAGAAGGAUGAGAAGCACUGUGACCGGCAGAAGGCCAACCUGCGGAUCCGCUUCAAGCCCUCCCUCUUCCAGCACGUGGGCACUCACUCCUCACUGGCGGGCAAGAUCCAGAAACUGAAGGACAAGGACUUUGGGAAGCAUGCGCUGCGGAUGGAGCACGUGAACCCACCUGCAGAGGUGAGCACGAGCCUCAAGACGUACCAGCACUUCACCCUGGAGAAGGCCUACCUGCACGAGGAUUUCUUCUGGGCCUUCACACCCUCUGCAGGGGACUUCAUCCGCUUCUGCUUCUUCCAGCCGCUGCAACUGGAGCGGUUCUUCUUCCGUAGUGGCAACAUCGAGCACCCAGAGGACAAGCUGUUCAACACGUCUGUGGAGGUGUUGCCCUUUGAUAACCCCCAGUCAGACAAGGAGGCCCUGCAGGAGGGCCAUUUGGUCACUCUGCAGUACCCUCUGAGCCCUUGCUCUAUACAGUAA